AUGGGAGCUAAAAAGGGAGCCAAGGGAGCCGUCGUCCGACCAAGCCCCAAGGACCCAGACGAUGUCGUCGGCGUGAACGGCAGCGCCUCGGUUCGGGCAAUGAUCGAAGAGAUGGACUGCAUCCAAUGCGGCGGCUUCAUGGGCGAUGACAACUGCGCUGGUGAGCCCUGUCGCCUGGCCUUCCGCCGCAUGGUGGCGCGCGAAGUGACCAGUCGCGUCGAGAUCCGUCGCGACCCUGCCUUCGGCUACGGAAUAUUCACCCAGCCUCGGAAGCCACCAAAAAAGGAUGACAUGUUAAAGGUAUACAUGGGCGAGUUAAUGCCACCAUACAUGCCCACGGAGAGCCGCUACAAUUACAGCCUGGCGUCUGGGGACCUCGCCGAUGUCGACGCAGAGAAGACUGGCAACUGGACAAGAUUUGUCAAUAGCCAUUGUCGCGCUAACGUCGACGCGACGACUCAGGUACUCGGUGGUCAGGUCGUCAUCCUCUUCAAUGCUAAGAAGCGGAUCGCCGGCAACAAGCAAGUGUUUGUGAACUACGGCCGACAGUACUUCCUGGGGCUCGGAAUGCAAUGUAGAUGUUCGACUCUAGGCGGGACGCCGCAUCACCCACGAAAGUAA